AUGCACCCCAGGUGCUUGACAUUGGGCUUGAUGCCGUACUCCUCAGUCAUGAGGGCAUAGCACCACCGUCCCUCCUUGACAAGUCCGCUGUGGCUGCAGGCGGUCAGGACGCUGACAAAGGUCACCUCGUCGGGCCUCACCCGCCGCUGCCUCAUAUCCGCGAAGACCCGCAUGGCCUCCCUAGCGUGGCCGUGGAGAGCGAGCCCUCCGAUCACCGAGUUCCAGGUCGAGAUGUCCCGUUCCGCCAUGCCGCGGAAGACCUCGAGGGCCCGCUCAAUGCUGCCGCACCUGGCGUACAUGGCGAUGAGGGCGUUGCCGAGGGUCACCGUGGGUCGGACGCGGCGCGACCUCACCAUCGCCGCGAGGGACGCGUGCAUCCGUGCGCCGGCGUCGAGCGCGCCGAGCUCCGCGCAGGCGGACAGCAGGCUCAGCAUGGUGACUUCGUCCGGGCUCUCGCCGGCGCGAGUCAUCUCCUCGAAGACCUCCAGCGCCUUCCCGGGUGAUCCGCUCUCCAGGUAGCCGGCGAUUACCGCGUUCCAGGAGACGACGUCUCUAUGCGGCAAUUGGUCGAACAACUCGCGCGCCUUGUCCAUCUCUCCCCUCCUUGCGUACCCCGUAAUCAUUACGUUCCACGAGAUCAGAUCCUUGCAAGGGGUCCCCUCGAACAGUCGCCGGGCGGCCUCCAGGUCGCCCCUCCUCGCGUGGCCGGCGAUCAUCGCGGACCAGGCCACGACGUCCGCCCGGGCUGGCCCGUCGAAGAGCACAUUGGCCGCCGCCAUGUCGCCGCAGUUGGCGUGA